AUGGCCCAGAAUGUCAUCUUAGUCUCAACGGCAACGACUCUUGGUGCGUUGACCGUGCUGGUGUAUUUAUACUUUACUAAACAUAUCCCGUCGCGUCGCGACCGACGGCAGCGGCCACGAGCGCAGUGGGGUCUGGUGGGAUUCACACACAGCGACUUGGGCACGCAACUGCGGGAUGACGGCGUGGAUGUCAUUUUCGUGCACGGCCUGGGUGCCAACCCCGACACCACCUGGACGGCCACCCUGCCUCCCACCGAGCCUGCGUCCACCAACAAGCACGACAAGACGCAAAAGCAGGUCUGUUGGGUGACGGACUUGUGGAUAGACGACAUACCGGCCGCGGUGCGGCGCAAGACACGAAUAUUCUUCUAUAACCAUGACUCGGGCUGGCGGCGGGACGGGGUGCAGGCGCGAUUGUCGACGCUGGCGGGCCGGCUGCUGCACGAGUUAUGCGGAAUGACACAGGGAUCGGCACGGGCGCUGGUCUUUGUCGCCCAUAGCUACGGUGGGCUUCUGGUCAAGCAGGCUCUCGUGGAAGCGAACACCUUGGGCGUCGAAUGUGAGCAUAUUCGGCAACGGACCAAAGGCAUCCUGUUUCUCGGCACCCCUCAUCGGGGUUCUAACUUUACCACAUUCGGGAGUUUGAUAGCGUCAUGCCUGCGACCAAUUGGGGCGGACGCGUCAAUCUUGCGAGAGUUGGACUACGACUCGACCUAUUUGCAUGACCUCCACACUCACUUCGUCCGAGUUGUCAAGCAUGAACGCGAUGCGUUCACACAGGUAUUUAACAUGUUCGAGCAACGGCCGACGGUGAUGGUGCGGUGUGGGACGUUGCAGUGGGCCCAGCUGAUCGUUCGCGAGAGCUCCGCCACGUAUACCGGCAACCGGUAUGUGCAGAACGUUGGCGUGGCGGUGGAUCAUAGCGGAUUGAACAAGUUUGCUGCGCGCACCGAUGAAGGGUACCAGACGCUGCGGACGGUGCUGCAAGAUCUCCUGCCGCCAGAGCUCCCGCGGAUCGAAGUGCGGCCGUUCAGUCGCGCGCCCCUGUACACUGAGCGCCUGGAGCUUUCAACGAGGGUUAGCCAGCACUUGUGGCCGUUGACCGACGGUGAUGAUGACGGCUUCCGCGCCCUGGUAGUUUAUGGCGCGGGUGGCAUGGGCAAAACGCAGCUUACACUGCAGUACAUUGAAGAAUACCGACACCGCUACAGUCCGAUUCUGUGGUUGGACGCGUCAACGGUGCACAGCCUGCGACACAGCUUCCAGGCAGGGGCAACAGCGUUGAAGUUGUCGGUUGAGCCAAGCCCGGCCGAUCAGGACGGCCCGCUGUCGCGAUCGCCACUCGUGUCGCGGGUCCGAGAGUGGUUGGCGGAUCGCGACGAGGGUGAUGCGCGCUGGUUGGUCGUGGUGGACAAUGCCGACGAGGUUGGUCAUGACUUGAAGGCCAUUAUUCCCCGUGGACGGCGAGGUCACGUGAUCGUGACGAGCCAAACGCAGCAGUCGUCCCAGCUGUUUGAAGUGCGGCCGGCGCGGCUACUGGUGGAUUCAAUGCAGAGCAGCGAGGCGUAUACAUUGCUGGUGAAGCGUAUGAGAGUGAAAAGCAGGCACGUAUCGGCAGAGAAUGGGGAGCUGGUCGAUGCGAUUGCGCAGCGGAUGGGAUGCUUGGCGCUGGCGGUGGAUAUGGCAGGGGCUGGCUUGGCGGACGAGAUUGAUCGCGCCCAUGGCGGGUCGCCGGAUUUGAUCCCAGUGGAGACUGUCCACAAGGUGCUGCAGCAGUAUCUCCAGGACUUUGACGCGCACCGCGAUGAUAUGCUCCGAUACAGCCAACGGGAUGAGUUGUCGGACUAUCAGAAGACGGUAUGGACCUUGUGGGACACGAGUUUCGGCGCGCUGCAGAAGGCUGGUCACUCCCGGGCACUAGAAUAUUUGAUUCUGAUGGCGCACCUCGACAGUGGUACCGCGCAUCACGAGCUAUUUCGGCUGGCUAGUGUAGGGUGGGAGGCCAUGGUGCGUCGCAUGGCGAUCAAUGUAAAUAAUUUGGUGCCCGAUUGGCUUCAGACCAUGCUCCAGGUGCGGGAUGGAGAGUGGGAUGACUUCCACUAUCGGCGCGCGGUCAAGCUCUUGGAGCGAUAUGUGCUGGUGCAGCAAACCAAGGAGGAAUGGCCGGGGACGACGAUGCACCGCAUGAUCCAAUGGCGGGCUCAGAAGGCGGGUGAGGAGGAUGGAGGUGGGUGGCGGGGGUGGGUGUGGUUCGUUAUGGUCGCCGCGGCCAUGCAGACCAAUUUCGAUAAAGGGCGGCCGCGAUUCCGACGGCACUUGGCCGGCAGCAUAAGCGGGAUGGCAAUGGGCCCUGGUGACCACCCGGAUUUGAACAUGAUCAGAAAGAGGGUGCUGGGGGAGGACCAUCCCGACACGCUGACCAGCAUGGACAAUCUGGCCUCGACUUAUUGGAAUCAAGGGCGAUGGAAGGAGGCGGAAGAGCUGGAGGUGCAAGUGACAGGGAUCAUGACGCGGGUGCUGGGAGAGGAGCAUCCCUCCACGCUGACCAGCAUGGCCAAACUGGCCUCGACCUACGGCAGUCAAGGUCGAUGGAAGGAGGCGGAAGAGCUGUUUGUACGAGUGCAGGAGUCCAUGACGACGGUGCUGGGGCCGGAGCAUCCCGACACAUUGAACAGCAUGGGCAACCUGGCGUCGACCUACCAGAAACAAGGGCGAUGGAAGGAGGCGGAAAAGCUGGACGUGCACGUGAAAGAGAUCAGAGCGCGGGUGCUGGGGCAGGAGCAUCCUAAUACGCUGAGCAGCAUGGCCAACCUGGCCUGGGCCUACCGCAAUCAAGGGCGAUGGAAGGAGGCGGAAGAACUGUUUGUGCAAGUGACGGAGACCAGAAAGAGGGUGCUGGGGGGGGAGCAUCCUGACACGCUGAUCAGCAUGGUCACCCUAGCGUCAACCUAUUCUGAUCAAGGUCGAUGGAAGGAGGCGGAAGAGCUGUUUGUGCAGGUUACGGAGAUCAUGAUGCGGGUGCUAGGAAAGGAGCAUCCCGACACGCUGAAUAGCAUAGGCUACCUAGCUUCGACCUACCGCAACCAAGGACAAUGGAAGGAGGCGGAAGAGCUGGAGGUGCAAGUGACAGGGAUCAUGACGCGGGUGCUGGGAGAGGAGCAUCCCGACACUCUGACCAGCGUGGGCAACCUGGCAGUGACCUACGGGAGUCAAGGGCGAUGGAAGGAGGCGGGAGAGCUGGAGCUGCAAAUGAUGGAGAUCAGAAAGAGGGUGCUGGGCGAGGAGCAUCCAUCCACGCUGGGCAGCAUGACGAACCUGGCGUCGACCUAUGGCAGUCAAGGUCGAUGGAAGGAGGCAGAAGAGCUGGUUGUGCAAGUGGUUGGGCUGAUGAUGCGGGUGUUGGGGGAGGAGCAUCCAUCCACGCUGACCAGCAUGGCCAACCUGGCCUGGGCCUAUCACAAUCAGGGGCGAUGGAAGGAGGCGGAAGAACUGGAUAUGCAGGUGAUGGAGAUUAGAAAGAGGGUGCUGGGGGAGGAGCAUCCUGAAACACUGAUCAGUAUGAACAACUUGGCAAACACUCUGAAGGUUACACGGUCGCCUGGUGAAGCCAUGGAUCUACUCGCCACUUGCCUUAAAUUAUGCAACAAGGUCCUUGGUCCUACACAUCCCCACACCAGCACUGUGGCUGACACAUUACUGUUGUGGCAGCAAGAGGAGGAAAUGGCUGCUUUGGAAAGUCCUGUGGCGGUGCUGCCACCCUUUACAGAUCUAUCUUUACGGUCUUCUGGAGAGUGA